AUGAAUUCUAUACAGUAUUGGGCACUGAAAGAGAUGAUGAAGUCAAAUGUCAAGAAGGAUGAAGAAGAGCAUUUGAAGGAAGAAGUACGUAUUAGCACUAUUGUUGGAUCUCACGACAACAUUGUUUAUCUCAAGGAAUUUGUUGAAAACAAAGAUAGGUAUUACUUGGUACUCGAAUAUCUCUCCGGAGGCGAGCUUUUUGAUCGCAUCGUUGAAGCUGACGGAGGACACUUCACGGAGAAAGAUGCUUCAAGGAUCAUGCAGCAAGUAAUGAGCGCUCUGAAUUACCUUCACGGAAAGAAGAUUGCUCAUCGAGAUUUAAAGCCAGAAAAUUUUCUCCUAGUGGACAAUUCACCAGUGAAGCAGGCGCGAAUCAAAAUAGCAGACUUUGGGUUUGCCUGUAGUGCCGAAGGUCCCAAUAGUUUGCAGGGGCUAUGUGGUUCGCCGGGUUAUGUUGCUCCUGAAGUUCUGAAAGAAAAAGAUGGCUAUGGUCUUCCAGUCGACAUGUGGAGCAUGGGCGUCAUACUAUACAUCCUUCUAACCGGCAUCCCUCCUUUUAAUGGCGAAAGCGACGAAGACAGUCUCGCUCUCACCGUUCGCGGACAUUAUGAAAAAUCGGUUUUUCAUUUAGAAGAUUUGUCUGAGCCCGCAAAGGAUCUUGUGACCAAAAUGUUAACAUACAAUCCAGCGAAGAGAUUGACUGCUGAUGAAGCCUUCAAACAUCCAUGGCUCCGUGGCUCUGCUACAGACAAUCUUCUGAACGUCCAGGAGAACUUGAGAUCAUGGAGAGCACGCAUGAGAUUCAAGAAAGCAAUCAUUGCCACAGUUGCAACGACCAGGUAA